AUGUCUUCUCGACGCGAGAUGAAAAUCAUUACGGAGAGGUUCUACUCGAAUCUUUUCCGUUCAUCAAUUCCUGUGUCAAGCCCGAUCAUCCCCACUGAUGAAGCUCUACCACGGAUUUUCCCAUCGGAAGUAAGAGUCGCUAUCAAGAACAUGAAACCUGGCACAGCCACCGGACCUGAUUUUAUAUCAGCAGACUUUCUUUGGGGUGGUGGCCAUCCACUUCAUGUAAUCUUAGCAGCGCACACGACAUCCUACCUUCAGAAAGAAAGGAUCCCAGAAAAGUGGAAGAUCUUUGGAAGAGAACCGUUCUUAUCCACAAGAAAGACCGUGUCGAGGGUCAUAGAGAUUUGCCGGGAAUAUCGCCUACCCCUUGUUCUAACCUUCGUCGACUAUGAGAAAGCUUUUGACAGCGUAGAAAUGAAUGCAAUACUGUCAUCGCUGGUCGAUCAAGGCUCGCAAAUCGUGGAAACUUCGUCAUACGUAUCGUUCGGACGUUCUAUGAACAUGGAAAACGAUUUGAAGGAAAAACUGAAUAAAAGGAUGAGAGCAGCAUGGGCAGCAUUUGCACCCGUCAGGGAUGCUACGGACUAA